GUGUACGUGGCGCGAUGUAUCGCGAGACGCGAAUAUUGCGAUCUGUCAUGUCAUACCGUACGCCGUCAACCGUCACUGACACCAACUGAUACCAGCGAACCGACGCAGACAGCACACAGCAGUCUUUAAGUAGUAUUUGCAAUAUUUACGUGAUAACCAGAUAACACGGUUAUCAGCUCUCCCUUCGACGUCGAAUUAAUUUUUCAAGGAAACUCCACAAAUCUCGCGUGUCGAUUGGUUUUGCGAGCGUCGCGCGAGACUCGAGGUCCGAGGAUGGAACGAAACUUGGUGAAAACAUUGGAUGACACGCAUGACAAGGAAGGAAUCAUUGGCUGCAUUUUGGCUGAUCACGCUGGUCUCUGUCUUGGAGUUAAGGGCGAUGCAUCAAGCGACAGUGCUGGAUUGAUAGCAGCUAUAGCGGAUCUAGUUGCAAAAUUGGAACCGAAAUCUGGAUCACCAAUUAUAUCGCUUCAAAAUGAUAAUAAGCAGUGUAUUAUACUUCGUAAGGAACCUGUAGUUGGUGCUAUAUAUAAAGACAUAUCGAUUUGAAAUAAUCACUAUUGUAUAAGUAUGGCUGAAACUUAUAAUAUUUAUAUCCAAAA